GCAAUGUAAAGGCAAGGAUGGCUCUGCUUUACCUCACCCUGAUGCUGUUGCUGCUUCCCUCGGGGACUCGCUCAGGGUGCCAACAUCCCCUCUGCCAAUGCACAGAAAGGAUGGCCUUUAUCUGCCAGGAGAACAAGGUGACCGCCGUGCCACAGGACAUCCCCAGGAAUUCCACAGAACUGAUAUUUUUCCUCACCAAAGUAAGACUCAUCCCCAGAGGAGCCUUCUCGGGAUUUGAUGAAGUCGAAAAAAUAGAAAUCUCCCAGAACGAUGCCUUGGAAACUAUAGAAUCAGAUGUGUUCUCCCACCUCCCCAGACUCUAUGAAAUAAGAAUCGAGAAAGCAAACAAUCUUGUAUAUAUUGAUAGAUAUGCCUUCCAGAAUCUUCCUAAUCUUAGAUACCUGUUGAUAUCCAACACUGCCAUCAGGUUUUUUCCUGCUGUUAACCAGGUACACUCUUUGCAGAAGGUUGUGCUAGAUAUCCAAGACAACAUAAAUAUAAGAAAAAUUGAAAGAAACUCUUUCUUGGGCCUAAGUUCUGAUCGUGUCUAUAUAAGGCUGAAUAAAAAUGGAAUUCGAGAAAUUGAGAAUUAUGCCUUCAAUGGAACUAUAUUAUCUGAACUAAAUCUGAGUGGUAAUUACCACUUAGAUAAGUUACCGAAUGAAAUUUUCCAAGGAGCCAAUGGACCGGGAUUUUUGGAUAUUUCAGAGACAAGGAUCAGCCAUCUCCCCACCAUUGGAUUAGAGAGCAUCAACAAAUUGAUAGCAAGAUCGACCUACAAUUUAAAAAAGUUACCUCCCUUGGACAAGUUUCGUGCUUUGAUUGAGGCCAACCUCACCUAUCCAAGCCACUGUUGUGCUUUUACAAACUGGACAAAACAGAAUGCAAUAUUGCACCCCAUAUGCAAUAAAUCCUUCGUCAAAGAAGAUCCUGAUGGGAUAGAUUUUGAGCUGGAUGAAGACGAUUACUAUCAUACCCUGUGUAAAGAAGAGGUUCAGGUGACUUGCUUUCCUGAGCCUGAUGCCUUCAACCCAUGUGAAGACAUCAUGGGCAACAAUUUUCUCAGAGUCCUCAUAUGGUUCAUCAAUAUUCUGGCAAUCAUGGGGAAUCUGGUUGUUUUGAUCAUCUUAGUCAGCAGCCAAUAUAAGCUCACAGUCCCCCGAUUCCUAAUGUGCAAUCUUGCCUUUGCAGACUUCUGCACAGGCAUCUAUUUAUUGCUCAUCGCGAUCAAAGAUGUGCAGACCCAAAGUCAGUAUUACAACUAUGCCAUUGACUGGCAAACAGGUGCUGGUUGCAGUGCAGCUGGCUUCUUCACUGUCUUUGCCAGCGAACUUUCCAUAUACACACUGACUGUCAUCACACUGGAACGAUGGCACACCAUCACCUAUGCCAUGGAACUGGACCGCAAAGUCCGCUUUCGGCAUGCAGUAGUCAUUAUGCUUGUGGGAUGGGUCUUUGCCUUCACCAUAGCCCUCCUUCCCAUAUUUGAAGUCAGCAGCUACAUGAAAGUCAGCAUCUGCUUACCCAUGGAUAUUGAAACUCCCUUGGCCCAGGCAUACAUCAUGUUUCUGUUGGUAUUAAACAUCCUGGCUUUCAUCAUCAUCUGCACCUGCUAUAUCAGCAUCUACUUCACUGUGAGGAAUCCCAAUGUCUUCUCAUCCAACAGUGACACCAAGAUUGCCAAACGUAUGGCUAUUCUGAUCUUCACAGACUUCCUCUGCAUGGCGCCCAUCUCCUUUUUUGCUAUAUCAGCAUCCCUCAAGGUCCCUCUCAUCACUGUCUCCAACUCAAAGAUCCUCCUUGUUUUGUUCUACCCCAUCAACUCCUGUGCCAACCCAUUCUUGUAUGCUAUCUUCACCAAGACUUUCCGCAGGGAUUUCUUCAUUUUGCUGAGCAAGUUUGGCUGCUGUGAAAUGCAUGCUCAGAUCUACAGAACAGAAACUUCAUCCUCUGUUCAUACCUCUCAUAUGAAAAAUGGGCAUUAUACACCUGCUCCUAAAACCAGUGAUGGGACCAUUUAUUCAUUAGUCCCCCUGAACCAUGUGAACUGAAGCAGAAUGUCCAUAGAUUUACACCAAAGAGUUGCAAAAGGGUGCUUCAUUGUUCCCUUAAGACUCACAGGUAAUUACAAACGAAGACAGCGGUUUUACCAUAAUUUCAUCUCACUACUACCUUUCCAAACAUACCACACCAAAACAACUGAGCAUUCUUCAGCUGAUUGGCUUAGCAAUGCCUCUUUGUGUUGCAUGUGCUAGGGAAUCUUUGCUGUACUUCAGGUUUUGCUUACUUGGUCUCCAUCUACACAGACUGCAGGCUUGUCUAGUGAAUGGAUGUGAAGCUACUUUCUACCAUGUUGGGCCAUUCUUCCAUUUAGACCACUACUGUCUACUGCAAGUGCCAGUAGUUCUCCAAAAUCUCAGGCAUUCUUUCCUGAUAGUAGUAUUGGCUACUUGAAAUCCUUUUUU